AAAAAGAAAAAGUACUGGAUAGGCAAAAAAAUCCUGUAGAACUGAUUUCAGCAACGCUCUUUUCUCUCACGCAGACCUCUACCUUUCUCUCUCAUAAAAUCUCAAACCUUCUCGCUGCCUCGCUGCCUCGCUGGUGGCUUGACUGACUUCGUCCGGCGGCGCUUUCAUUGACUAUUAGUCUUGGGCGAUUCGUGGCUUCGUCACUGCUGGUGGGCGGUGGCUUCGUCAUUCGUGGGAGAUUCGUGGCUUCGACGCUUCGUAUCACCAUCGUCCUUGACGAUUCACCGACGUGCAGCCGCAAAAGUGGUCGGAAUUCGUUUCUUGGUGGACGACGGUGGACGGAAUCUGCUCUAGCCCCUUUGCCUUUGCUAACCGUCGAUCUCCGUUCGUGCAAACGCCAGAACCGUACACUGGCCGGAUACCAUCGACGCCCCCUCUCCCCAGUCGCGACGGCCUCACCAAUACAUAGUUGACAAUGAGUGUUGCAACAGAUUCUCCUGUAAGCUCGUCAAGUAGCGACGAUUUCGCGGCAUUACUUGAUGCUGAGUUGGAUUCUGGCUCGUCCGAUACAUCCCCUGAUCAAGAUGAAGAUAACAAUGUAGAAGGUGCAAGGAUGAAAAGACGCAAGGUGUUGGAGAUAGACAGCAAAGUGGAGGUGGAAGGUUCAUGUACACAUCCUGGUUUUCUGAGGGAUCUGUGCAUUGGCUGUGGAAAGAGAAUGGAUGAUGGAGCGGGUGUUGCAUUUGGAUAUAUUCACAAGGACUUGAGGCUUGGGAAUGAUGAGAUUUCUCGGUUACGCAAUGCUGAUGUGAGGUCUUUGUUGCGCCAUAAGAAACUUUAUUUAGUUCUUGAUUUGGAUCAUACAUUACUUAAUUCAACUCGAUUAGAGGAUAUAAAUUCAGAAGAGGAGUAUUUGAAGAGUCAGACAGACUCCUUUCAAGAUAUUGCAAAGGGCAGUUUAUUUCGACUUGAUAUGAUGCGCAUGAUGACUAAGCUAAGACCAUAUGUUCGUACUUUCCUGGAAGAAGCAAGUAGCAUGUUUGAAAUGUAUAUCUAUACGAUGGGUGAACGCCCUUAUGCUAUUGAAAUGGCAAAGCUUCUUGAUCCUGGAAAUUUGUAUUUCAAUUCAAGAGUGAUUUCCCAAGCUGAUUGUACUCAAAGGCAUCAGAAGGGGCUAGACGUGGUACUGGGACAAGAGAGUGCUGUUUUGAUACUUGAUGAUACAGAAGGGGUUUGGCGAAGGCACAAGGACAAUUUAAUAUUGAUGGAAAGAUAUCACUACUUCUCUUCUAGCUGUCGCCAAUUUGGCUAUAGUUGCAAGUCUCUGUCUGAGUUGAAAGGUGAUGAAAAUGAGGCAGAUGGAGCACUUGCAACUGUACUUGGAGUUCUAAAAAAAAUUCAUAGCAAGUUCUUUGAUCCUGAGCAUGGAGACGAGUCAGAUGAUUUUGCUGCCAGAGAUGUGAGGCAGGUGCUGAAACAAUUUCGAAAGGAAGUCCUUAAAGACUGCAAGUUAGUAUUCAGUAGAGUUUUCCCAACAAAAUUCCAAGCUGAUAACCAUCAUUUGUGGAAGAUGGCUGAGAAGUUGGGAGCUACAUGCUCGAUGGAACUUGAUUCCUCUGUUACACAUGUUGUGUCAACAGAUUCCGGGACGGAGAAAUCUCGUUGGGCAGUUCAGAAUGGAAAGUUUUUAGUCCAUCCAAGGUGGCUCGAAGCUGCAAACUAUCUAUGGAAUAGGCAACCAGAAGACCAGUUUCCUGUUCAUCUAACAAAGAGCAAAUGACGUAUUUUUGGUGCUAUAACUCUGUGGAGGUUGAUUUAGAUGUAGUGUGUACAUUUUGUAGACGAUAGUUCACACUUGCUAACAUAGUAGCCUACCCCUGCCCCUCUUUGUUGGUUUUUGGUGGGAGAUGAUUGGUUACGCAAUAGGAGUCGUCAAGAAUUUUAACUUGAUAGGUACAUCCAGUAGAAUGGUAUACAAGUAAAGAAAAAGGUUAAAACAAUUAAAAUCUUGCUGUCGUUAUUUGUAGUCUAUGAAUGUGAAGGAGAAUCAGUCUUAAUUCUUGCGGCCCGUUUGGUAAGAGGUUAUAAAUGGUAGGAAUGGUAAUGCAUUAUAGUGUAAA